CUCUAAUUCUAUUACACUGUCUACACCAAGAAAAAAUACUUCAGAGUCUCCAUCACCUACCACUACAAUCACAGUAAGUACUGCAGCCUCUAAGUCAUUAACUACAUCACAAAGAAUGAUAACGAAUACUAUGACAGUAACAUCAUCUGCACCAAGAGCAGAAACAAAUUCAAAUCCAGCAUCUACUUCAGCAGCAAGUACUUCAAAUGUUUUAUCUUCUAUGACUACAACCACAAUGAAUACUGUAGCCUCUAAAUAUUCAGCUACACCACCAACCACAGCAAAUGAUUCAACUGUAACAGCAACUACAGCAUUAAAAACAUCAGCAUCUAAACCAACUACACCAACUACAGCAUCAGAAACUGUAUUAUCUACAAAUACAAUAGGUGUAACUGCUUCUGAAUAUUCAGUUUCACCUACACAAACACCAAAUUUAACAUCAACCAAUGCAGCAUUUACAUCAUCUACAACUACCACUCCAUUAUCAACUAAACUGCAAACAAAUGUUAUGUCUGUAACAAGCUCUAUGUUGACAAUGAAUACUUCAACACUUGUGUCAUCCACAACGUCAAUAACAUCAAGUACCACCACUGUAUCACCACCCACAUCGCCACUAACAAAUGCUACAUCCAUAACAGCAUCCACACCAGCAACAUUAAGCACUUCAGCAUCAUCUGUAGCCAUAAGCACAACAAGCACUGCCACUUCUGUGCCCCCAGCCUCCGCUGCAACAACGAAUGCUACAUCUGCAAUACCAUCUGUACCAACAUCUGUAGCGUCUAUAACAGCGAGGACAGCAAGAACUACUACUUCUGCAUCAUCAUCUACAACACCAAUAACAAAUGCUACAUCUGUAACAGCAUCUACAACCACAACAUUAGUUAAUUCUACAUCUGCAUCACAUACUAGCACAGCAAGUACUGCUACCCCUGUAUCAUCGAAUAAGCCACAAAUGACAAACACCACAUCUUUUCUCACCUCAACGAGAAGUACAGCUAGUACUGCUUCAUCAACGUUAUCAUCAACUACAUUAACAACUGUGACUUCUUCAUCUACAUCUACAAGGCCAACAAGUAGUACCAUUACCCCUACUACUGCAACAACUGUAACUUGGAUACAAGCUGUAACCCUUUUUGAUUACGGUGCUAGUUUUGGAGAUACCAAGUUUGUACAGAGAACAACUGACUUUGCAUCUCCAGUGUUCCAGCCAAUUAUAGGAUUUCCAUUUGGUAACAGACUCAGGAAUUUUAUAUAUUACACAGACAAUGGGCAGAUUAUCUUCCCUGUAUCUAAAAACAAUGUCUUCUCAUACACCAACCCACCAGCCAGUGGAUUUACUAAUGAUUUCGACGUGGCCAUGAUCGCUGUCUUUUGGGACGAUACUGAUUUUUCCAGAAACACAGGAACUACGUACUAUCAGGAAUAUUCAGGGAACAGUGCUACUGUGAUUCAGAGAGUGGAAUCAAUGAUCCAGAAGUACGCAAAUAGCACAUACACAGCUCAGUGGUCCUUGAAAAUAACUUGGGAGAAUGCGCCUUCCUAUCCAGCUAAGGAUAAUAACAAGACUAACACAUACCAGGCUAUUCUGACCACGGAUGGUUAUAUUUCAUAUGUCCUGAUGAUGUAUAAAGAUGGCGGAAUGAACUGGGAUGUAUCCAAUCACAUUUCUAACCUUGUCAUUGGCUAUAGCAGUGGGAAUGGUGAUGGAUUUUACAAAAAUGAUGAGCUAAUGAAAAAAGCAGCUGCCGAGAAAUAUCGUCCAUCAAAUUACGUGGGCAUCGAUGCAGCCUUACGAGGUGUUUGGAUGUACACGUUGAACAGUGAAGCUCUGCAAAAUAAUCGUAUGAGGUGCCUUAGCUGGUAUAUUUCUGAACCCGAACCAACAGGUUGGAACUCUGGCCUACUGUCCUGUCCCUGUUUAUACCAGCAGGGUCUAUCUGAUUUCCGCUACAGAACAACCAAAGCAGGUCAGUCUAAUAGCAAGAAGAUGCUUCGUAGCACAUUUCCCAAUCAGCUUAAUGCCGGAGUGCGGUGUGUGUAUCUCAAUGGGAAUACGUAUCUGGAAGGUUAUCAGGAGAGGUCCUGGAUAUUUUCUGACUCUGAUACGGAAACUGAUUAUUAUGAUGUGUGCUGCAAUAAAGCGGAGGACCCCCGGUUCUGUUUAAUGUACACACAAAAGAGACCCUCAAUCAGCUGUAGAACCUACAGACCUUUGACCCCCGGUUGGAUGUUCGGUGACCCGCACAUUACCACUCUGGAUGGAUUCAGUUAUACCUUUAAUGGGCUUGGAGAGUUUCUCCUCCUUAACGCAUCAGACUCAGGCAUCUCCCUCAUUCUACAAGGACGGACGGUACAGACAGGGAAUGCAAGUGCCACUAACUUUGAUGCGUUUGUUGCGCAGUACAUUUCCAGCAAUGCAAGUGUUAAAGUGGAGUGGUAUCUCUCGGACAAUGACACCAUGACGAUUUAUGUGAAUGGCCAGGUUACUUCCUUUACAUAUUCUAACGAUAUGGACACACACAUUAAUAAUUCCAACUCAGCUGUCUUCCUACUUAAGAAUAACGGAGUGACGGCAAUUUUUGGAGGCCAUUUCUCUGUGUCAGUGUCAGCAAGCUUGGGGAUCUUGAAUGCCAUAACUGGCCUUCCAAACCAAUUCAUCAACAAAACCAAAGGCUUGAUGGGUACUUGGAACUAUGACACAAAUGAUGAUUUUCUUAAACCAGAUGGCACAAUCAUUCCCACACUAAGCACAGAAGAAGAUAUAUUUAAAUAUGGGAUGACAUGGCAAGUCGGUUUUGAAAAGAGUCUGUUUUCCAAGAAGAUGACAACAGCUAGAAGCAGUAGCACUUUUACACCUGUGUUCCUCAGCGAUCUGAAAUCUCAGGAUUCUGCAAAGUAUAAUGAUAUUUUAGUCUUGUGCAAAAACAGUAUCGAAUGUGUCUAUGAUGCUCUAGUUACCAACAACAGUAACAUAGGGCUGUCAACAAAAGUUCUGUCUCAGACUUUCCAGCAAAUCAACAUCACUUUAAAUUCCAUCCCUCCAUUUAUUAAUGGCAGUAAGACCAUUCAGUCUUACAUAGGAGAGAAAGUCCAAUCACAAUUCAGUACCAAUCAAACUGGAGUAACCUUCAGAUCUGAUGUGUCUUACAAGGACGUUGAUGUCACUGCUGAUGGCCUUUUACGCUGGAUUCCAUUAACUACAGAAGGCUUCACCCUUCGGCUUAUUGCCACAGAUUCCCAGAACCUCUCCUCGUCUUUGGAACUUCAGUUUAUCAUAUGUGAUUGUCGACUGCGUAGUGAAUGCGACUAUACCAAGUUGACCAGAAUCAAUGAAACUUCAGCUUAUGUAGCAAGCUGUAAUUGUUCUGAAAGUUACUCGGGACCUUUCUGCAAGACUGCUCCAGAUCCCUGUCUCCAAGGAUGCUUCCCUGGAGUAGCUUGUGACAACAAAACUGGAUGUGGUGCCUGUCCUGUUGGGCUCACUGGAAAUGGGGUUCACUGCACAGAUAUAGAUGAAUGUACUCAAAAUAGCACAUGCCCCCCACUUGCUGUUUGCACAAACUCCCUACAGAGCUACACCUGCACCUGCAGAAAAGGCUAUAGUGGUAAUGGCGCCAAUUGUACUGACAUCAAUGAGUGUUUGGCAAAUCCGUGUUCGCACAAUGCAGUCUGCACUAACACUGAAGGAAACUACACAUGUAACUGCCAAAGAGGGUUCCAAGAUAAUGGAACUUAUUGUGUUGAUAUCAAUGAGUGUCUAACGAGUCCCUGCUCACCUAAUGCCUUCUGUAAUAACACUGAGGGGAACUACACCUGUACCUGUAACAAAGGAUACACAGGUAAUGGCGCCAAUUGUACUGACAUCAAUGAGUGUUUGGCAAAUCCGUGUUCGCAUAAUGCAGUCUGCACUAACACUGAAGGAAACUACACAUGUAACUGCCAAACAGGGUUCCAAGAUAAUGGAACUUAUUGUGUUGAUAUCAAUGAGUGUCUAAAGAGUCCCUGCUCACCUAAUGCCUUCUGUAAUAACACUGAGGGGAACUACACGUGUACCUGUAACAAAGGAUACACAGGCAAUGGAACCUCUUGUGUUGAUAUCAAUGAAUGUCUACAAAGUCCCUGCUCAUCCGAUGCCAUCUGCACUAAUAGUGUUGGAAGCUUCACAUGUACCUGUAAAGAUGGAUUCACAGGGGAUGGAUUUCUGUGUAGUUGUGGGCCAUGUGGAGAAAAUUACUGCUACAAUGGUGGAACCUGCUUCAAAAAUGGAUCAUCGUGCACGCCACAAUGCUUAUGCCAUCCUGCAUUCCUCCCGGGAAGACGCUGCUUAUUUGCUGGUAACAGUUUCCCAGCAAACCUGACACCAGGUACAAGAAAGAGAUCCUUACGUCUAACACUUAAAUCAGGAUUGAAUUUUAAUUUCAGUGAUGCAUAUAAUAAGGUUAAAUAUUUUAUGAGCUUCACAACACUAUUCAGUAACAUAAGCAACUUCAAUAAUCCAAUAAAUGAGUUUAAUAUUUUCGCUACAAACCUUACUGCUGAUUUUACAUAUGUGGCAAAUGUAACAGAGAUUGAUUUCCUGAAUAACCAGUUACUGCGAAGAGCCCAGUCUCUGAUUGCUCAGAAACAACGCUCAAUUUCAGACUUGAAUGUGACAAAUGUUGAAGAUGAUUUUAAAUUAAGUAAGGCGGAUCUGAGCAAGUAUUUUAAUUGUUAUUUAUUUGACUACACUGGAUACACAUUGGAUCUAGACAGUUUUCAAUGUGUAUUACAAUGCGGCGAUUACUGUAAGAAUGAUGCCAAAUGCGAACAGUACCAGAACGAAACUAUCUGCCGGUGUCAGCCCUUUAGUAUAUACACAACAUCUGGGCCGAAGUGUGAAACACUCACCAUGAACCUGAAUGCUUUCUUUGGGAUAUUGUUUGGUGCUCUGGCUUUCCUCUUCCUUCUUCUGUUGGGCAUUGGGAUUGGCACCUACUGUUAUUGCAAGAGGAAAGAGGAUUCUGUGGAUACUGAGAGUGUUCCUAACACGGAGUUUAAGUGCAAGAAAUUCCCAAUAUCCACCUUUACCAAACUCAAAGAAACUUCAAUACCAACAUUAAAUGAAGAUGAUAAAGCACCACAAUUAGUCAGCUGGGCUCCCCGUCUGAUGUCAGUCGAUAGUUUCGCAGAGGUGAAGAUAAAAAGGCCAGAUUUUAAAAACUGAAAGAAACAAAGACCAAAAUUAUUCAAUGAAGUUUGAGCUGUUAUUCUUAAACUGAGAAUUUAAAUGCCCAACAGGAUUUCCAAAUGGUUGUGAAUGUUGGAAGUUGUUGACUUAUAUCUUUGUAAAUCAUUUAAAUAUGCGCAUGGCCUUAAAUAUGUAAAAGA